AAGACAUCAGAGAAUCAAACACUUUUAAAUUGAUGGAGGCUGGUUCGGAAACAUCACCUGCAUACUAUCUGACAAAAAACAAACAUCAGCAUCCAAGUUUACACAACUGCAAGAUGAAGUCAAUCCAGAUGAUAUACGCAGUCUUAGUGAUCGCCGUCUUGUGUAAUACGGGUCAUUCUUGGGAUGCCGAGCUGAAAUGUUAUGCAGAUGGAGGAUAUUGCGAUAGUUACCCAUGUCGGGAAGGUUACACUUGUAACAAAAAGUUUUUGUAUGGCUGCUCACAAAACGAAAACUGCUGUCUUCCUGCUCCUGUUCAAAAGAAACAGCAAUACCAUCAGAAGCCAGUAAUACCAGCUUACUCGCCUUGGAACUUAAAGGGAUAUCGAUCAUAUUGAACAAAGAUUUCAAAUUAAAGAAAAUGAAGUUUU